AUGGUGAUUGCUGGUGUGACCGAUUACUCGCCAAUGCGCGCUGGCGCUGCGUCGGUUGUGUUUGAAAAGCCGACGUCUGCCUCCGGAGCGGGGACCAUGGCGACGGGGUCCCCGCCGCCGUCUGCUCCGAAGCCCGCGACAGUAGACGCUGAAAAGACUCCUCCCCUCGUAUCCGCGGGUCCCCACGGCGGGAACGAGGCUGCGCCGUCUGCGCCGGCUGUUGCUCCUCCCGCUCCGACUGUCGCUCCUGUUCCCCCUGCUCCCGUUGUGGCGUCGACGACGGCUGCUCCUGCUGGGGAAGCUGCUGUUCCCCCUGUCCCUGUCCCUGGCGCUCCUGGUGCACCUGUCGUUUCUGUCCCCGGCGAGCUUGCGCCGGCGUCUGCUUCUUCCCCGAAGGCGGCGUCCGCCACCACUGUCGGCCCGGCCCCGAUGGUUGCGCCUCCCGGCGCGAACCUGAUGGCUCCCGCUCUGCCGCCAGCAGUCCCUGUUGGAGCGCGAGACGUCGCGGCGCCGGCGCAUCUCCCCCCGGCGCUACCAGCAGCAGGCCCAGUGGCCCGCUCACCCGGGUGGCAAUGGGGGCUGGAGGGGUCCCCACGGGCGUGGUGGCGGCGGGAGGUAUCGUCCGCCCGUGACAAUGGCGGACAGCGGGAGGUGUCCCGGGCCGUGCGCGAGGAGAGGGCGGCGCAGAGCCAGAGCAGUUCGCUGCGGGCUGCGCCGGCGCACGUGGCUCCUCGCCCGACUGUGCCUCCUGUGGUCCCUCCGCCGGCUGCUGCACUUCCUCCGCCUGUCCUCGCCCCGUCAGCUCCCUCUCCUUCUGUAGCGGCGCCAGCUCCCGGCUCUCGUCUGCAUCUGCCGCCGGUUCCGCCUGUUGCGGGGGUGGAGUUUGUGGCCGCGGGUGGUGGCGCGGCAGCGGCUCAGUAUGCAGCUGAUGAGCCGCUCCAGUUUCUGGCGGAGGCGCUUCAGCCUCCGCAGACGCGUGUUCCCGAGUCGACUCUCGGUCAGCUCCACCGCCUCGCAGAGAGUCUCCACGCGUUGCUGCUGAUACAAGUCCUUGCUCACUCCUCACUCCCUGUGAUCCCUCCUGAGACGUUCCGCGACCGUCCGCGCGAGACCUGCCUGGAUGCGGCGGACCAGCUCGCAGUGCUGCUGGCGCCCGUGCUGGCUGCGCCCGCGGAGGGUGGCGCUGCUGCUGCGGGAUAG